AUGACCUCCACCAACUCCGGGUGGGCGCAGUUGCGACAGCAAGCCCGCUCUCUUGAGACUCAGACCGAGCAACUCUUCCAUACAUAUGCGCAAUUCAGCUCUCUUACAAAACCUCCACAAUAUCCGACGGAUGAAGAGCUAAGGCUCGAGUCACAGCUGAAAGAUAUCCUCGAACGACGCGAAGCAAUCAUAUCCCAACUAUCUCGUCUGCUUGACUCUGAAGCCACUUUGACCUCCUCCGCUCUAAAACAGAACAACCUUGCCCGACAUCGAGAGGUUCUGGCUGACCACCGUCGCGAGCUCAAUCGUUUGACAUCCGCUAUCGCUGAAGCUCGCGAUCGUGCAAAUCUCCUAUCAAAUGUUCGUUCCGAUAUCGAUGCGUAUCGUGCGAGUAAUCCAGGCGCCGAAGAGGCCGAUUAUAUGCUCGAAGAGCGUGCGCGAGUCGAAAACAGCCACAACAUGAUUGAUGGCGUGCUAAGCCAGGCGUAUGCAAUCAACGAGAAUUUCGGCAUACAGCGCGAAACCCUCGCGAGCAUCAAUCGGCGCAUUGUCGGCGCAGCGAGCAAAGUCCCGGGCAUGAAUUACUUGAUUGGCAAGAUCGGCACGAAGAAACGGCGCGACGCUAUUAUCUUGGGCUGCUUUAUCGCUUUCUGUUUCCUAAUGUUACUCUACUUCAGGUGA